AGGUUGGCGGCCCCACGGAGACGGAGGUGAACGACAAGAAGUUGCGCUACAAUGACGCCAUGUCCGCGGUGCGCAGCGCGCAGGAGAUGGGCAUCGUGCCAGGUGGAGGCAGCGUCCUCGUGCACCUCAGCAAGGCCGAGUUCGCAGAUGCGGUGAAGUCGAAACUGGUCACGGACGAUGAGAAGGUGGGCGCCCAGCUGGUCUUCAGCUCCCUGUCGGCCCCCAUGCGACAGAUCGCCAAGAACGCGGGGGAGGACCCCAGCGAGGUGUUGUACAAGGUGCGGGACAGAGAGUUCGGGUUCGGGUACAACGCCGCGACAGGGGAGUUUGAGGACCUGAUGGCCGCUGGGGUUGUAGAUCCUGCGAAGGUUGUGAUCAACUCCGUGGUGAACGCCGCGUCCAUUGCCGGCAUGGUGCUCACCACGGACGCGGUGGUGACGGACCUGCCCGAGAAGAAGAAGCCCGCGCCCGCCGGCGGCGGCAUGGGCGGCAUGGGCGGCAUGGGCGGCAUGGGCGGCAUGGGAGGCAUGGGUGGCUUCUGAUAAUGGCUUGUUGCGAAGCCUGCCCUACAGCGCUGAAGUGUUCCGCACGGCCGAGUUCAUUGUGCGGUUGUGCAGUUGUGCAGCUACAGGAGCGCGACUCCCGCCGAUUUUGGCAUGCUCGAUCCCAUCAUCGACACCGACGUUUCCGCGUUCAGCAUCUGUUCCUCCCUCCACGAUUCUCCUCCCCAUCCCUCCCCGCCCCUCCCCUCUUAGUUGGUAGGCGUCAGGGGGCUGCCCACGGCGCUGGCGCCGCUAGGCGCCCUGGACCUUUUUGGCCCCGCCAGCGCACCGCCUGGCCAACGCCACAAAGACCCACCGAGCAAGCAGGUGAGCGGGGGCUGGGCAGCGCAGACGAGAAA